AUGUGCAAGCUGGGCCGACUUGACGUCACUGUCAAUAGUGGUAAACGUGGAAGAUACUCUACAAAUGGCGACCCUCCAAACAAGGACAUCAAAAAGCCAAGGAAAGGAGAAAUAAAUUUCCUGCCUCAGUAUCCAGAGGGGUUGGAUGACCACAACCUGGAAGCAGCUCGCCAGGUUCUAGUCAAUGAAAUGAUGAAAGCGAAGCCAAAUGGGUCCCUUAUUAAGAAAGAAAUGGAUAGGACCUUUGCUCUUCGGAGAAAAGAAGUUGUGACAGACAAGCCUGCAAUUACCCAGAUUGUACAGCGAUGGCCAGCACUUUUCUCUGAGAGCCAGGUGUGUUGCGAGUUCACCCGUGUGGUGGGGAAAAAUCUCAAAGAAAACUUCUUUGAGGCACUUGACCGUUUCUCGCCAAACUUGAUGGACCUCUUCAGGAAGAAGGGCCUCAGUGGACAGGUUUUAACUGACCUUUUACGUCAGACAAAGACCACUGAGCCAACAGACAUCAGGUGCCUUUGUCUUCGGGGACUGCCAGUCGUCUUGGGGGAUGACCCCUCUGCGUUCUUCAAAACCUGCUCGGAUGCAACUGACAAGGACUUGUACAGUGAAACUUCAGUGGGAAUCCUCUGCAUUGACGAACAUCCUCAACUCAACCCAUCCAGAGUGAGCAUCGUCUUGGAAGGGAGUGUGGUAAUGGAGGAGCUGGCCAACCUGCCACAGGCUUUCUGUGUCCUUUUUGGACUAAUUUAUGCCUUGCACUUGGACUACCCCAAGUGCAUGAAAAGCACCUUCCACUUUAUUCAACAGGUCAUGCUAAACCUGGGCAGAGUUGAGCUGAAACCCAAAAUUCUAUCUUUGAAGAAUCAGCUAUCUGUAUAA